AUGAACGUGACUUCUUGGACGGUAAUAAUAUUUGUUCUUUCCAAAUGGCCUCCAAAUGGGCUUUGUUUGAAUUUUCAUGUCGGCAACAAGAGUUUUAUUUGUCGCGCCGUGUCUAAACACGAUCCAUGGCUUGGAACGAACGUUGUGAAAAAGACCUCCGAUUUAAAAUGUUGGAUAAAAGCAAUGAUUGGACAGGCUAGAGGAAAGCGAUGUGUACUAACAAUAUUGAAUACCACAAGAAAUUAUGUUUAUGUACACUUAACAAGCCGAAAUUGCGACAUUUCUCGCGUCAAAUAUUCUGGAUCCGAAAUUCAUUGUAUUUUCCCUAAUGAAGAAGAAAGACACCCUAUAAAUGGUACUUCAAUAAAAUUCAGAAAAAUUUCUACAAAACAUCCUGUAUAUUUUAUAAAUAGCUCAGGCCUCAUUAGGAAUGCGAUUUUUAUGGCCUCGAGAAGAUCAAAUGGUUUUAAUGCUGAAGCUCUGGGAUGGCGAACUAAAUUAGGCACAAAAUAUUCGAAUGUUUUUAUUUGUAGUGAACGGGAUGGCUCGAUCGGACGGGAGGAAAGGGACGAAUCAUCGCGCAGGAAAGAUGGAGUGUUUGGUAAAAUCCUUGUGAGGAAGAGGCGAAAUAUUUUAGAGAAUUCCACUACCGCAUUCUCGACAUAUUAUCGCAAGACUGUCAUAGCUUCUGAUCUGAUCACGCCACCGCUCACAAGAACUGUACAAAAUCCCAUUACACCCUCGCGAAGUGCGACAGAAGUUUGGAAUUCUUGUCCUCAGAGCGUGGUGGUGAAUUGCUCGACGAUUUUCAUAACUCCGACAGUAGUGGGGACACGCCAUGCAGGGAGUUUGGUUGCGACAAGUAAACUCACGCCUCUGAAGCACUUUAGCGCAACACCAUUGUUGCGCAAUAACACACUUGUUGCGGAAACAAGUCAUUUGGGUAGCGCACCAACAUUAGCAUUGAAUGCGACAACAACUUGGAUCAUUGCGCGUCACGAAAAAAGGACUCACAACGCAACGUAUAUGUAUAAUGAAAAUUUAGUAGCUGUAAUAUGCACGACGCAAGGAUCUGCGUUUAUUACAACUCUGGGUUGCGCAACGGUUACGCCAGUAACAACAAGCUCAAAAGCAAAGCCAACUUUGAGAACAACUACAGAAAGUGACAAGUCUGACAAUACAAAACAGACAAAAUUGUAUGUUGGCUUGAUUGCUGGGGGAGGGGUAUUACUUUUUAUAAUCAUUUGUAUAGCGUUGUGUCUAUUUGUGAGACGGUAUAGAAGGAUGAAGGCCCUCCGUAGAAAGGCAAAACAGAUCAGCUAUUUUAACAGGUUUGAUUGCUCGUCAGCCUGGGACGAGCCUGAUCGCUUUGGUGGAAGUAAGCUCAGUGUUUUUACUCUAAAAAACAGCAAGUUUGAUAUAGACUGGGAGUCGACACAGGAUUCAAAACAGUAG